UGACACCGAUGUGUGCUCGCAGAAGUCGGUAGAACAGCUUUGUUACUUUAUACACUGCACUGUUCACAGCAAGAUGUUGACGUGGGUCGCUCUUCUUGCGCUCUUGGGAGCCAGCCAAGCUUUUCUGCUUGACUCCUUUCGUCAGGAAAAGUGGGACGCUUUGAAAGUGACAUGGAACGCCAACCCCUUUGCUUCCAACGCCUUCAAUUCCAUGCCACGUACGGAAGCAGAUGCGCAAAAGCAAGGAUUCAGAAAGAUCAGCGAGUGUGACACUUCUGCUCAAUGGAGGGGAAGGAGGUACGUGAAGGGGGACGACUAUUCGGUAGUGUUGCUGUUUGAUGUCAACGGCUUCAUCGCCGGCAUGCAGACUUCGUUUGCAGACAACCAGCCCAGUGGCUUUCCUAAGGUCAACCUACAGCCACCCUUCGUAAAGGACGGCGACCGCUUCACCAUAUCAGCUUAUUUCGUCGACCCUUCCACCAUCUGUACCACGGGCAGAACAGCGGCAGAUUUUGCAUCUCAGGGCACGGGUAUCAACCUCUAUCUCCAGAAAACUGCAGAUCCGGAGGCGAGCGUUCUGAUUCCUCACCAAGAGUCCGGCAUCGGUGCCACCAAGUGGACAGAGGGAAAAUGCUUCUACACAAUGGGCAAACAUUACUGGUACGACCUCAGUGAAGAUAUGAACUGCGACGACUACUUCCCAGUCUUCCUCUUGUACAACAACGGAGAGCUCACGGCGUUUGGCUGGGCCCUCCUCACCGACCUCAGCUCACAGCGUUAUGAGCACCCAGGCCAGGACGUGUACAAA